UGAACAAUUUACACAAACCCUUUUUUUUCCCAAAAUCAUGAACACCAUCUCAUCGCUGCCGUGCUGCAUCCACUGAUUCUGAUCGGAAGUUUGGUUCAGCAAAUAUGGUGGACAGGAUUAGCAAGUUACCAGAUGAACUCCUCUGUCACAUUCUCUCAUUUCUCCCAACUCAACAAGCAGUUGCCACCAGCAUUCUUUCAAAGAGGUGGUUGCCGCUGUGGAUCUCAGUCCCCGUUCUCGACUUCGACAAUCAAGCCCAUCCAAUAGGCGACAUUGAAAUGUUAGUAUACGCAACCCUUCAAGCCAGAGAUCCGCAACAACCCAUCACAAGUUUCCGUCUCAUAUAUGACGUUUAUGAUCCUCAACGUGCCAAUGCCGAUGUCAAUGUUUGGGUAAACACUGUUAUACAACGCGGGAUUGAGAACAUUGAAAUCGAGCCUGAAAUCGAGCUUGAACUCGAUCCUGAAUCCGAGCCUGAAUUCGAUCCUGAACCUACCAAGAUUCAGCGUGUAGGUCCUAACAUUUGUUUGAGCAGCAAAAUUUUCAGUUGCAGAACCCUUGUUGUUCUCAAAUUGAAAAGGGUAUCUUUGGCUGCUUCUUCUUCCGUUGAGCUUCCCGCGCUCAAAUCUCUAAAUUUGAAUCGUGUUAAUUUUGAAGAGCCUCAAUAUCUCAUGGAGCUUCUUUAUGGAUGUCCAAUACUUGAGGAUUUGAAAACAUUUGUGAUAAGAUAUGCUCAUGAUGGCUCUUUUUGUGAGGAUAGGGUUAAAAUCUUACCCAAAUUGGUGAGGGCAGAAAUACGUAUUGUUCGUAUCGAAACUAUGGAUGGUAAUGAUGCUAAUGUUCUUCUGAAAGCGAUAUCGAAUGUGGAGUUUUUGACCAUUACACAGUUUGAACUUAAUGAUGCUGUUCCGGAAUUUCCUCAUUUAAGACAUUUGGGCCUCAGCUUGGAGUUUCAUAGCUGUCAUUCGGUGAUUUUGAUGCUUAAGAAUUGCCCCAAGCUUCAAAGUUUUAUUUUUGGUGGAACUUUUAAGAAUGUUCCACCUUACCCUCAUUUUGUUCCUGAAUGCCUUACUUCAUGCUUAACUAAGUGCUAUCUUAGAUAUUACCCAGGAUAUUUCCGACACACAUACCUACAAUUUGCAAAAUAUAUUUUGCAGAAUUCAACCCAUUUACAGGUCAUGAAAAUUGGUGAUACUUCACCUAGUCCACCUGAAGUGCUGGAGGAGUUAGCUUUGUGCCCAAGGAAAUCUGCAUCGUGUGAACUUUCAUUUAUAUGAUAGGUUUGUUAGUAGCUGUAAGAUGACAGCAUGUGUCAUUUUUAAUUUAAUGCAAACUCUGGAUUUGGAGGACAUAGAUGGUCUAAUUACACCUCUUUGUAUACCCAUUAUCUGGUUUUUAUUUGAUGCUUGACCACUCAACUGGAUGUGAGGGUUUAAAUGGAUUGGAAAUUUCUAUUUCAUAUGCUAUGCUGGUGAUGUACUGUUUUCCUAUUGAAAAAGGUAACUUUUUCUUCUUUCU